GGUUCAACUUUCUCAACAACAAAUCAAGCCUGAAAAUUCACUUCACAGACCUUUAGCCUUCACAAGUUCUUUAAUUUGCUCUUCACUAUUAAUUGAAUUUCUUUAUAAUGGAUAUGGUGAUGAAGUUGGGAGCAGAUAGCCCAGUAGUGAUAUUCACAAAGAGUAGUUGUUGCAUUUCUCAUAGCAUCGAAAUCCUAAUCCGUAGUUUUGGAGCAAACCCUACAGUUUACGAGUUGGAUACACAUCCAAAUGAGAAGCAAAUGGAGAACGCAUUGAUUGAACUAGGGUGUAAGCCAAGUGUGCCAGCAAUUUUUAUAGGGAAUGAGUUAGUUGGUGGUGCUAAUGAGAUCAUGAGCCUUAAUGUGAGGGGCAAGCUUAAACAAUUGCUCAUUAGGGCUAAUGCCAUUUGGGUAUAGAAAUUAAUAAUGACUUGGUAGCAAGUCUAGGAAUUUUGACAAUAGAUCAACCAUUAGUGGCAUUAACUUAAAAAAAAUAAAAAAUCAACCAUUUGUAGAGAGUUUUUUUUUUUAGCUUCUUCGGAGGGUUGUUUUUUCUCCCAUUUUAACUUGCUUCUUGUUGUCCUAAACAAGCUAUACUUUGGUCAUAGCUAGUGGCGAUUUUGCUUUGUUCACAGCUGAUGGCAUGAAAGAAGUUAAUAAGAAUGACUAUCUUUAUAUGUA